AUUCUUCUGCAUGAAAACUUUUUUUUUCUAUAAAUAUUGGAGUAAUAGUUCGGGGGCUGAGGUGUACAUCCAAGUGUCAUUCCAAAUUUCUACCUACAAGUAGCUCCCACAGGGCUAUAUGGGGUCAGUGAGGAGUGGCUAGAAUGAAUUCCUUAUCGCUUACUGCCUGGGACCUAGGGUUUCCAUCUGGACUCUAGGCCUCAUACCUUCUCUCCCCCUACCAUAUGGUGUAGAGAGUCAGGAGCGAUCAGAGAGAUGACAUGAAUGAUGCCAGUGAAGGGUUAUUUAUUUCUCUGAAGAAGGAGAAGUGCUUGCUGGCCAGGGAUCGCAGUUACUCACAUUCAUAUUACUGAGCUGCAGCUUAUGUUUUAACUCAUUCAAAGAUAAGUCCAUCAUUUCACCAUCAAAAGUGGGGGCACCAGAGACUCAGACCUUGAACGCGGCAGUGUUCUUUUCUGGUGAAAAUCCCAUUUGGCCAGAAAUCUGAGUACCCAGUCUUUUCCCUCCUGCCCCUAACAUUUUGGUGCCUUCUCUCCACCCCCCAUCCGCCCAUCUUUUUGGCUUACUGCAGCCCCAGUGCUCCUUUUUCUGGGAAAGCCUGAUAUUCUGACUUCAGUUUUAUAAUUUAAUGAUAGAGAGUUUCCUUAGUAAACCAAAUUUAGAAUCCUAGAAUGCUUAUCUUAUAUCCAGACCUUGAACAUAAAAGGCAUUUUAUACCCGCAAUUGUUCAUUUAAUGAGCAAUUGCGGAGUGCAGGCCGGUUAAGGGAUUGAGCUAUAUGCACUAUUAUUGCAAGAAGUAUUCCGAAAUACCAGAAAUAGGACGUAAGCUCUGAUCAGGGAGACUGCGAGCACAAUUACCUUCUUUUCAAAUCCUUCUGUGACACUGCGGGAGGAAAAAGGACUUUGAAACUUGAAAGGAAAGAGCUUGCUUUCAACCUCAAAAGCUAGGAGGAAAGGGCUCUGAAAUUUGCUCAGAAUUCCCAAUUCACCAUUAGCCUGUUUCUUCCUUUAGCCUCAAGGCAUUCUCCGCUUUUUGAAAAGAUGUUAAGAAAUUCAGUCACAAUAGAGAGCCUAGUUUUGAACAUGUUUCACUCGGUCCAUUGAGGUCUGGGCUCCAGCCUUUGUGUGGGGUGAAUUGAGCUGAGCGGCUAGCUGGUUGGAGAGAGGUGAAUGAGGAGUCGCUGUGCAGUCGCAAAUUCUGGCAAAAAAAAAAAAGCUCACCCUUUCCUUUAUUUUGUAAUGUGCAUUCCUGUGCAAUCCUGCCAGUGGCAAUAUGUGGAGUCCAGACUGUCCCUAAGUCAAUAUGGAGUACUUGGUUUAUAGCAACUCUUGUUAAGUUUGUCUUGUAAUUGAAGCUGCUGUUGACCUUGCUUGGGGACCAUUUGUAAAACCGUUUAUUUAGCAUAAACUGAAAUAAUAAACCCUCCUUCUCUGGGACUGAUUGUGAUAGGGUGACAUUAGUUUGAUUUAAUGAUUACCCGCCUGACCCUUCUGCUGGAGAGGGAGUCUUGAAUAGGGAGAGUUCACUUCCAAGCACUUGCAAAGAAUACUAAUGAGCUUGUUAAAUUUAGCGUGGCUCCAACCACUUUUAAUUCCUCUAAUGGGAGCCACACUGCCUGCGAGAGGGAGAGGGAGAGGCAAGAAAGGCCAAGAGAUGCUGAGAGUGUUCCUAGAGGGUCGGUCGGCACAGCUAGAGAAGCUCACCAAGAAGUUUAUAGAAAGUAGCUAGCCUGAGCCCAGGGACUGAGUUAGGAUGAAAGUCCUGGACAGAUCUAUCAUCGAGAGAGAAGAAACGCAAUCACUAUGCAGCCUCAGAGUGUGCAGGGGCUCAGCAAAAUCAGUGAAGAACCCUCAACAUCUAGUGAUGAGAGGGCUUCAUUGAUCAAGAAGGAGAUCCAUGGGUCUCUACCGCAUCUGGCAGAGCCCUCACUCCCUUAUCGUGGGACUGUGUUUGCUAUGGACCCCCGAAAUGGUUACAUGGAGCCUCACUACCACCCUCCUCAUCUUUUCCCUGCCUUCCAUCCUCCUGUACCAAUUGAUGCCAGACAUCAUGAGGGCCGUUACCAUUAUGAUCCAUCUCCUAUUCCUCCAUUACAUGUGCCUUCUGCCUUAUCUAGUAGCCCGACAUAUCCAGACCUGCCCUUCAUUAGGAUCUCCCCACACCGUAACCCCACUGCGGCUUCAGAGUCUCCCUUUAGCCCCCCACAUCCUUACAUCAACCCGUAUAUGGACUACAUCCGCUCCUUGCACAGCAGCCCAUCUCUCUCCAUGAUCUCAGCUGCCCGAGGCCUGAGCCCUACAGACGCCCCCCAUGCUGGAGUCAGCCCAGCAGAAUACUAUCACCAGAUGGCUCUGCUGACAGGCCAGCGAAGCCCCUAUGCAGACAUCCUUCCCUCAGCUGCCACCGCCGGUGCAGGGGCCAUCCACAUGGAGUACCUUCAUGCCAUGGAUAGCGCCAGAUUUCCUAGCCCCAGACUGUCAGCUAGGCCCAGCCGAAAACGCACACUGUCCAUAUCACCACUGUCAGAUCAUAGCUUCGACCUUCAGACCAUGAUAAGAACAUCUCCUAACUCCCUGGUCACAAUUCUCAAUAAUUCCCGUAGCAGCUCUUCAGCGAGUGGUUCCUAUGGGCACUUAUCGGCAAGUGCAAUCAGCCCUGCUUUGAGCUUCACCUACCCCUCUGCCCCUGUGUCUCUCCAUAUGCAUCAACAAAUCCUAAGCCGACAGCAAAGCUUAGGCUCAGCAUUUGGACACAGCCCUCCACUCAUCCACCCUGCUCCAACAUUUCCAACACAGAGACCUAUCCCUGGGAUCCCAACGGUUCUCAACCCUGUCCAAGUCAGCUCUGGCCCUUCUGAGUCCUCACAGAACAAGCCCACAAGUGAGUCUGCAGUGAGCAGCACCGGCGAUCCUAUGCAUAAUAAACGGUCCAAGAUCAAACCCGAUGAAGACCUCCCCAGUCCAGGGUCACGGGGACAGCAGGAACAGCCUGAAGGAACAACCCUAGUCAAGGAGGAAGGGGACAAAGAUGAAAGCAAGCAGGAGCCUGAAGUCAUCUAUGAGACAAACUGCCACUGGGAAGGCUGCACAAGGGAGUUCGACACCCAGGAUCAGCUUGUGCAUCAUAUCAAUAAUGACCACAUUCAUGGAGAAAAGAAGGAAUUUGUGUGUCGCUGGCUUGAUUGCUCAAGAGAGCAGAAACCCUUCAAAGCUCAGUACAUGUUGGUAGUGCACAUGAGAAGACAUACUGGCGAGAAGCCUCACAAAUGUACAUUUGAAGGUUGCACAAAAGCCUACUCGAGACUAGAAAACCUGAAAACGCACUUGAGAUCUCACACUGGAGAGAAGCCAUACGUCUGUGAGCAUGAGGGCUGCAACAAGGCUUUCUCCAAUGCUUCAGAUCGGGCCAAGCACCAAAACAGAACACAUUCCAAUGAGAAACCGUAUGUAUGCAAAAUCCCUGGCUGCACCAAACGUUACACAGACCCCAGUUCUCUCCGGAAACAUGUGAAGACUGUGCAUGGUCCUGAGGCUCAUGUCACCAAGAAGCAGCGUGGGGACAUGCACCCUCGGCCUCCGCCCCCAAGGGAUUCUGGCAGCCACUCACAGUCCAGGUCCCCCAGCAGGCCGACUCAGGGAGCCUUUGCUGAACAGAAGGAGUUGAGCAACACUACCUCAAAGCGGGAAGAAUGCCUCCAGGUGAAGACAGUCAAGGCUGAGAAGCCCAUGACAUCUCAGCCAAGCCCUGGUGGUCAGUCUUCAUGCAGCAGCCAACAGUCCCCCAUCAGCAACUAUUCCAACAGUGGGCUCGAGCUUCCUCUGAAUGAUGGAGGUAGUGUAGCAGACCUCAGUGCCAUCGAUGAAACCCCAAUCAUGGACUCGACCAUUUCCACGGCAACCACAGCCCUUGCUUUGCAAGCCAGGAGAAACCCGGCAGGGACCAAAUGGAUGGAGCAUAUCAAACUUGAAAGGCUAAAACAAGUGAAUGGAAUGUUUCCAAGACUGAACCCUAUUCUACCCUCCAAAGCCCCUGCGGUGUCUCCUCUUAUAGGAAAUGGCACACAGUCCAAUAACAACUAUAGUUCAGGCGGGCCCGGGACCAUCCUCCCGAGCAGAAGUGACCUGUCUGGUGUUGACUUCACCGUGCUGAACACGCUCAACAGGAGGGACAGCAGCACCAGCACCAUCAGCUCUGCCUACCUGAGUAGCCGCAGAUCCUCGGGCAUCUCCCCCUGCUUUUCCAGCCGCAGGUCCAGUGAGGCGUCCCAGGCUGAAGGACGACCCCAGAAUGUGAGUGUGGCUGAUUCCUACGACCCUAUCUCCACAGAUGCCUCACGGAGGUCCAGCGAGGCCAGCCAGGGCGAUGGGCUGCCCAGUCUGCUCAGCCUCACCCCUGUGCAGCAGUACCGCCUCAAGGCCAAGUACGCUGCUGCCACUGGUGGUCCACCGCCUACACCCCUGCCACACAUGGAAAAGUUGAGCCUGAAGACCAGGAUGGCCUUGCUUGGGGAGGGUAGGGACUCGGGGGUGACCCUGCCUCCAGUUCAUCCUCCUCGGAGGUGCAGUGAUGGAGGAGGCCAGGCAUACAACCGGCGUCACCUGCUGCCUCAUGAUGCACUAGCAAACAGUGUGAGGAGAGCCAGCGACCCUGUGAGGACAGUCUCCGAGAACAUGUCACUUCCCAGGGUUCAACGCUUCAGCAGCCUCAACAGCUUCAAUCCUCCAAGUUUGCCUCCGUCGGUGGAAAAGCGUAGCUUAGUGUUGCAAAAUUAUACCCGACCAGAGAGCAGCCAGCAGCCCCGAUACUUCCAAGCGUCUCCUUGUCCUCCCAGCAUCACAGAAAAUGUUGCCCUGGAGGCCCUGACCAUGGAUGCUGAUGCCAACUUGAAUGAUGAAGAUUUCCUGCCAGAUGAUGUAGUACAGUAUUUAAAUUCCCAGAACCAAACAGGGUAUGGACAAUUACAGAGGGCCAUCUCUGAAGACAGCAAAGUAGCCCAUGGGCCAGAGGACUUGGACCUACCAGGGCUGCCAGACAGUCAUGUUGGCCAGCAGUACCCGGCUAUGGAGCAGCCCUGCCCUGAGGGUAGCAAAACUGAUUUGCCUAUCCAGUGGAACGAAGUCAGUUCUGGAAGCUCUGACCUGUCAUCCUCCAAGCUGAAAUGUGGUCAGCGCCCUACCAUACAGCAGGCUCGAGCCUUUGGCUUAUACAACAAUAUGGUGGUGCACCCACAGAAUUCAUGGAAGGUUGGGACUGGUCCAGCUGGGGGAUAUCAGACCCUCGGGGAGAAUGGCAGUACCUACAGUGGCCCAGAGCACUUUGUCAUUCACAGUGGGGAUGGCCCUGGCUCAAAUGGAAAUGCUUUCCAUGAACAGCCCUAUAAGACCCAGCAGUAUGGGAGCCAGCUCAACAGGCAGCCACUGACUUCCAGUGUACUAGAUAAUGCCUGUGGUGCUGGAAUUCAAGGGUCCAAGCUGAAAGGCAACGCCUUGCAAGAGAAUGGGGGUUUGCUAGAUUUUGGUCUGUCCACGGCACCAAAUGAAUUAACUGGCAACUCAGUGAAUGGCAUACAAACCCAAGAUCAAAUGGGACAGGGAUACAUUGCUCAUCAGCUACUCAGCGGCAGCAUGCAACACCAGGGGGCCAGCCGCCCUGGUCAACAGAUACUAGGGCAGGUUGGUGCUACCUCACAUAUCAACAUCUAUCAAGGGACAGAAAGCUGCCUGCCAGGGACUCAGGACAACAGCAACCAACCAGCGAGCGUGGCAAUUGUCCGGGGCUACCAGCCCUGUGCCAGCUAUGGGGGCAGUAGGCGUCAGGCAAUGCCAAGGGGCAGCCUCACUCUGCAGCAAGGACAGCUCAGCGAUGUGAGUCAGACGAGCAGGGUGAACAGCAUCAAGAUGGAGGCACAAGGGCAGUCCCAGCAGCUCUGCUCUAAUGUGGAGAAUUACUCUGGUCAGUUCUAUGGCCAAACCGUGGGCUUCAGUCAGCAAGACAGGAAAGCCGGUUCCUUUUCCCUUUCAGAUGCCAGCUGCCUGCUCCAAGGGAAUGGCACUGAAAACUCUGAGUUACUUUCCCCAGGUGCUAACCAAGUGACAAGCACAGUUGACAGCUUUGAGAGUCAUGACCUAGAAGGUGUGCAGAUUGAUUUUGACGCCAUAAUAGACGAUGGGGACCAUACCAGCCUGAUGUCCGGGGCCUUGAGCCCAAGUAUCAUUCAGAACCUUUCCCACAGCUCCUCCCGUCUCACCACACCGCGGGCACCCCUCCCAUUCCCGCCCCUGCCCAUGAGCACCACCAACAUGGCUAUCGGGGAUAUGAGUUCUUUGCUGACCUCCCUUGCAGAAGAAAGCAAGUUCCUUGCAGUUAUGCAGUAGGCAAGGAGGACCACAAGUAGAGGUAAAACUUUAGGACUUGAAAGAUUGAAUUGACUCUGUUUGGACUUUUUCCCCCCUAAGUUCUGUAUGUAUUUUAGCAAUCUCAUCUCACUUGACUGGGAUGUGUCUCAAGUAUAUUCCUUUUAUGGAAAAGGACUCUGAAAAACCCUAAGGUAUUCUAGGGGAGAAACUGUCUUCCAUUUCAGUUUUGAAUCAGUAUUGUGACAUUCAAAUCACCCUCUUGUGUUAACCUGUAAGCCUGCCCUCUUUUUGAGUGAACCAAUGUAAAUGUGUGAUGUGCAUGUUCUUUCUUUUAGAAGGGAAGUCAUCAAAUUAAAAGAUUUGGCCUGCUUCUCUGCUAUCCCAGAAACUAGGAAUUCAUGUUCCUGUGACCAAGGGGUUACAGGUCCACCUUUUAAACUUUUUCUUUACAAUACUUACUCAGUGAUGUGUGUGUGUGUGUGUGUGUGUGUUUUCCCACACUGAGUACAAGAAUCGAACGAAUGGUGGGUUUGAAGAUUGUGGGGGCACUAUAGUUAGUAUAAAUAGCAGGUUUUUAUGUGUUCCCCACCUUGAUUCAAUUCAGGGCAUACUUUUAACAGCUACACAAAAGUGAAAAUUUGGAGAUCCUACAAAUGAAAUGGUUUGUAUUGCAUUCAGAGAUUUUUAGGGGGUUAAAUUCUAUAAGUAUGCAUCCUGUGCGUGCAUACGUCUAUGUGGUCAGUUCGCAGUCACCUCCUUCCCCUGAACCUUUAUAAACAUUCAUCGUUAUUUCAGACUGCCGGGAGAGAGUGGACGAGUGGCAGAUGUUCAGACAGUCACUCUUUUAGCUCUUUGUAAGAAGUUAGACCAAUUGGGUAAAAUUAGUUUGAGAACUGUUUUGCGGACUUGCUAUAAUUGAUUAUUGGUCCCACCUCUUUCCUGAUUAUCAUAGAUAACUAAGAAUUGAUUAAAUGUAGCUCUAAGUAGGUAUUUAAGCAACCCACUAUUGGAUGUAUCAUUAUCAUUUAUUAAUUUCACUAUCACAAGGGAAUAUGUCUACUCUAAGUGCCCUAUUCUAAGAGACGUGUAAAACUUAAUUGUAAAAGGCAAAAUUCACAUACAUUGACAUUGGAAAUAAAUUGCUUUAACCAUUUUUAGCAUUGGAGAGCAUGAAAGAUGAUAUUUAGUAGCCAUAUGGAUUCUAAACACCAUUAGUCCUUAAUAUGGACUAGUCCUUUUGCUUUGAAUUAAUUUUAAAGAUCUACACAGUGCAGCCACUCCUCACUUGCAAUUGACACACAAAACCAUACUAUGUGUGCAGAGUACAUGGCUUAUCCAGCAUAUUACUGUAAAACUAUGUAAAUGAUUAAAAUAAAAUGCUUACCCAUCAGCCCCCAACACUGGAUUUCCCCCCAAGUGAUUCUUGACACAGUUGUGUGGUUUUUCCUCUUAGAUCCUUUCGUGAAAAAUAGGAGUAGAAAAAUGAAAACCAAGUAAGUGUUAGUUAGUAGCAAGAAUGUUACAACCAGCCAGUUUUACUCAUGCCUAUUUUCUCUCAGAUUUCAACAGGGAGAAAACUUUGCCAUUCAGGACUUUGUGGUUAAGCUAGCCAGUUUGCUUCCUGUUAGAUGUCCCUAGGACCAGUAGACCAGUUUACAAGCCACACCCUGCAGCCCUCUCCCAGGGGACUUCCUGUAAAUCAAAGGACCGUAAGCAAAAGAGAACUGCUGGCCUGGGUUCAGGUGUGUAAAGCAGGUCCCCUCUGUUCUUCUAGCAGGCCACUUUCCCAUCACUGAUGGAAUCCCUGAAUUUCACUUCUCACAACUUUCUGGGCUGGGUCUUACCUGGCUUGCCCUUGGGUUUUACCUGGCUUGCCUUAUUAUUUGGCCCAACCCCUUUAUUACUUUUAGUUUAAAAAGGAGGGGAGGCUCAGGCUUGCUCAGCAAGAAGAGUGAGCCUGGUUCCGGGUCAUACCCUUUUCUCCUCCAGCCGAGUCUUUCUAGGAGUCAAGUCUCUAGUGUCAUGAUUUUCCAAACUGACUGUCCCUUCUAGGGGGAGGCAGAGCAAAGAACCAGACUGCUGCCACCUUACCUUCUGGCUUUGCUGCAUUCAUUUCUUCUUUCUCAUUCUUGCUUUUCAAGCUGUUGCCUUUAGAUUUGUGGAACCAGUUUUUCCACGCAAUAGCCGACUUUUCUCAAUAUGAAAAUUCCAGAAGGAUACAGGUUUUAAAAAAAAUGGAUGGUGGAAAGUAUUCUGUCACAAGAUUUCAGUGAUCUGUCAUCAUAGUCCAGUGCAAGAAAGGUCAUUUGGUCGCUAAAACUCUCCUAUGGGAUGAGAUCUCUGCAGGCAUGACAUUUUCUGUCAAAACCCACUCAGCCUGCAACCCCUUUCUCUUCUUUGGAUGUUGCAUUUAGGAGAAACACCUUUAAUGCUAAUGUCACCUUUGCUUUUUAGUUAAAGUACAGGCCCAUACAUGGUACUCUUGUUUAGUAUCUGUGUUAAAUGGUUUUUGUUUUUCAUGCCUUUUUCUAAAGAAUUAAAUUACUCACUUUCCUGCUUCUCAUAUGUUGGCUUGUUGUGAGCCCUGGGUUUUGAUUCUUGCAAUGUAUGUGCCUUAUUUUAUGUUUCUCUUGUCAAUGAGAAGGACCAGUUGUCGUCCAGUCAGCACUCCAAGGCUGCAUGUCCAGACAGUGUUACCAAGAAGCGAGCCCACGACUGUAGCGGUCUGAGCUGUCGUGUGACUGAUUUCCUGUGUUGUUUGAAGCUGAUAGGAGGAUGUUCUCCUCUGACAAGUCACCCUUGUAUAUCCUGCAAAUGUGUAAGAUAAACUAUGUUCCUUUUCUCCACCUUUUUUUAGAUUUUUAAAGAAGAAAAUGUGUAAUCCUUUUUAAAGAACAACACAUGUAAAUACAUUCAAGUAUUGUAGGUGUAGAGUUGGUAUGUGAUGGCCUUGGGCCUUCCUCGGUAAAGCCUGUGGCUGCUCAGUGCUCAUAGGCCACAGGAAUGGCAGCCCAGACACAUGAACUCUGCCUUGGCUUUCAGAACCACUUAGUCCUUUUGUAACAAAGAAAAAAAAUCAACAAAAAUAAAUAAAUAAAUAAAAACGUUUCUUACGGUGUCAAUAAAAAACUUUGUACUGAAA